UACACGCAACGGACCCGCGCCCAGUCGCACCCGACUUCUAAGCGGAGUAGUUGUUUACAAACGGCAACCUUCAGCUGGUUGACGCUAUUCUGUCCCUUUAAAUGUUGCCUGUUUGAAGUUCUGUUGCACCGUGCGGUAUGGGAAGCCUAACGCCUGAAACAAAUAGGAUCAUGGAUAAUCCAGAAACGCCAAAUAAGUUGGACUCUGAGGCAGUUGUCUUGCCUGAUUUGGGUUCAGCGAAGAAACAUUAUUUUAACAAGGUGUUUGUCAACCGCAGUCUGACGCUGGAGAACAUCAAGUGCUAUGGCUUUGACAUGGAUUACACCCUGGCCAUGUACAAGUCCCCGGAGUAUGAAGCCCUGGGCUUUGAGCUGCUCAGAGACCGGCUGGUGUCCAUUGGCUAUCCCCACGAGCUGCUCCGAUACUCAUAUGACCCAGAAUUUCCCACCCGUGGGCUGGUGUAUGACACCAUGUAUGGGAACCUUCUGAAGGUGGAUUCCCAUGGCAACAUCCUGGUGUGCACUCAUGGCUUCACCUAUCUGAAAGGUGAGGAAAUCCAAGAGUACUACUCCAACAAAUUCAUCCAGAGAGACGACACGGAACGCUUCUAUAUUCUCAACACUCUUUUUAAUCUGUCAGAGACAUACCUGUACGCAUGCCUGGUGGACUUCUUCACCAACUGCACGCGAUACAAAAACUGUGUGAGGGGCUUCCAGCAUGGAGAUCUCUUCAUGUCCUUCACAAGCAUGUUCCAGGAUGUCAGGGACGCUAUGGAUCACAUACAUGACACAGGCUCCUUGAAGGAGAGAACUAUAAAGAAUUUGGAGAAGUACGUGGUCAAAGACCCGAGGAUCCCAAUUCUGCUGAGCCGUGUUAAAGAAGUGGCCAAAGUGUUCCUGGCAACAAACAGCGACUAUAGGUAUACUGAGGCCAUUAUGAUUUAUCUGCUAGAAGGUCCAAGGACUAGCCCACAAAAGAGACCCUGGCGGACUUUCUUUGACCUGGUCGUUGUGGACACACGGAAACCCUUAUUCUUCGGUGAGGGGACAGUGCUGCGGCAGGUGGACACGCUGUCGGGAAAGCUCCGCAUUGGGACAUAUACAGGAGAUCUGCAACACGGAACGGUCUACUCAGGAGGCUCCUCUGACAUUGUGUGUGACUUGCUGGAUGUGAGGGGGAAGCAGAUUCUGUAUGUGGGAGACCACGUCUUCACAGACAUCCUCAAGUCCAAGAAGCGGCAGGGCUGGAAGACGUUCCUAGUGGUGCCCGAACUCAUCAAGGAGCUCAAAGUCUGGACAGAGGAGAGAUAUUUGUUUGAGGAACUGAAGAGUAUGGAUUUCUACUUGUCUGAGUUCUACAAACAUAUGGACAGUGGUAGCCCAGAGCGGCCAGACAUCAGUGCCAUCCAGACCAAGAUGAAGAAAGUGACGUACGGUAUGGACUUGUGCUACGGCAAGAUGGGCAGUUUGCUGCGCUUCGGCUCGGCCAAGACGCUGUUCGCCAGCCAGCUGCUCCGCUACGCCGACCUGUACUCGUCCACCUGCCUCAACCUCCUCCACUACCCCUUCAGCUACGCCUUCAGAGCCCCUCUCGUCAUGAUGCCCCAUGAGUCGGCAGCCGACGCCAUCAAAGAACGCUCCUCCUCCUCAGAACACUCACUGUCCAAUCAUACGCUCAAGAAGGUGGACAUCAAGAACACCCAUCAGGAGAGCCCAAUAGCAUUAACUGAGACAUGAGGAUGUUUGUGUGUGUGUGUGUGUGUGUGUGUGUGUGUGUGUGUGUGUGUGUGUGUGUGGGUUAAUGUUGAUAACAGUAUGAGUCUCUAAGUGUAGGCUAUUAGUUGAGAGAGAAAGAGAGAGUGAAUGGCUGCAUGCUUUGAAUUGAAUGGAUUUUUUUGUGCAGCAUCUUUACAUACUGGGGCUGGAGAUGAUCACCUUUUGUGCAUACGGUCAUUUGGUUGGGUUAGUGUUCUACUAACCUCAGCUGAAUUAGCCAUGUGUCUGUGACGGUAUUUUCAGAAUAGUUGUUACUUGCUAAUAUAAGAAAAUUGUAUUUUUGAAGAGUUUAAUUGAAGGUAGUUUGUUACAUUUGUUACAGUGAAUUAACAAUAUGUUUGUUUGACUUUGUUGACUAAAUGUCUUUAUAAAUGGC